AUGAAGCCACCCAGUUCGAGUUCGAGCACAUCGGAAGCAGAGUACACCAAGAAGACGUCAUCCGCACCGAUCCCGCCGCGCCGUUCGUCCAUCUCGGUGAAGAAGGGCACGCCAGUGAAGGUGCGCACCCUGCUGGCGAACCUGCCGACGGGGGAGCGCCUCGUCUUCUCGCUCAACGCCGUCGCCGUCUCCGACGCAGAGGAUGGCUACAUCGAUGUGCUGUACAACGGCAACUACCCUCCCGACGAUCCAUCUCGAGCCGUGCGCGUCGCCGUGGGCGACGUCAAGAUCAUGCCGCUCACCCAGAACCCCUUGUGGCCGAAGGAGAAGGACAAUGCUCCACUCAAGUGGAGCCAUCACCAACCCAAGGCCCACACGCUUCCGAAGAACAAAGUGAAGGCUCUCAACCUCAUGAACAAGACCAAGGGCAAGAUCAUACUCAAGACGGUGUUGACACACCAAGUGAUGCCCAAGGUCAAGUUCUCUGCCCCGAGCAAGUUCAAGAUCAAGAACAAGUUCAUGACGGCGCUCAAGAUGAUCAAGGGCCGUGGGAUUAUUGGAGAAUCCAAGGAUUUGGAGAAGGUCUAUGACAUCAUGCACCGAGUGUUCCGCAAUGUGCUCUUGCCCAAGGUGAAGUCCGAUCUCAUCGAUCCUCAAGGCAUCCUCUCCGACUGGUCGCCGAAGGCUGAUGUCUGCUCCUGGCACGGUGUUUCAUGCCUGCUGGGAGAGGGCAUUGUGACAGGCCUCAACUUGUCGGGAUACGGCCUAUCCGGCACGAUAUCUCCGGCGAUAUCUGGCCUGAUAUCUGUGGAGUUCAUUGACCUGUCCUCCAACUCCCUCACCGGGCCGAUCCCGGCAGAGCUCGGCAUGCUGCAGAACCUGAAGACGCUGCUCCUCUACUCCAACGCCCUCGUCGGCACCAUCCCUCCGGAGCUGGGCCUCCUUGGGAACCUAAAAGUUCUCAGGAUUGGCGACAACAGGCUGCACAGCAAGAUACCACCGCAGCUCGGCAACUGCACGGAGCUCGAGACCAUGGGGUUGGCCUAUUGCCAGCUGAGUGGUGCCAUUCCUCACCAGAUUGGCAACCUGAAGAACCUGCAGCAGCUGGUCUUGGACAACAACACUCUCACCGGAAGCAUCCCGGAGCAGCUUGGUGGUUGCGCAAAUCUGCGUAGUCUGUCAGUGUCUGAUAAUAGGCUGGGUGGCAUCAUUCCCUCGUUCAUUGGCAGCCUGAGUGUUCUCCAGUCUCUCAACCUUGCAAACAAUCAGUUUUCCGGUGCGAUUCCGGCGGAUAUUGGGAAGCUAUCCAGCCUGACAUACCUCAACCUGCUCGGCAACAGCCUGACAGGCGCCAUCCCGGAAGAGCUGAACCAGCUGAGCCAGCUGCAGGUUCUUGACUUGUCCAAGAACAACAUCUCUGGAGUGAUCAGCAUCUCCACAUCACAGCUGAAGAACCUGAAGUACCUUGUGCUCUCUGACAAUGUUCUUGAUGGUACCAUACCUGAAGGCCUCUGCCCUGGCAACUCGAGCUUGGAGAGCCUGUUCCUUGCCGGGAACAACCUCAAAGGAGGCAUCGAGGGGCUGCUCAACUGCAUUUCACUGCGAUCCAUCGACGCGUCGAACAACAGCUUCACCGGAAAGAUUCCGUCGGAGAUCGACCGGCUGUCGAACCUUGUCAACCUUGUGCUGCACAACAACAGCCUUACCGGCGUUCUGCCACCUGAGAUAGGUAACUUGAGCAACCUGGAGAUGCUGUCCCUGUACCACAAUGGCCUCACCGGUGUGCUCCCGCCGGAGAUCGGCCGGCUGCAGAGGCUGAAGGUCUUGUUCCUGUACGAGAAUCAGAUGUCUGGGACCAUACCUGAUGAGAUCACCAACUGCACGAGCUUGGAAGAGGUGGACUUCUUCGGCAACCAUUUCCAUGGGACUAUCCCUGAGAAGAUCGGGAACCUCAAGAGCCUAACGGUGCUUCAGCUCCGGCAGAAUGACCUGUCCGGCUCAAUCCCAGCGAGUCUCAGGGAAUGCAGGCGGCUGCAGGCAUUGGCAUUGGCGGACAACCGGCUCUCCGGCGCACUGCCGGACACGUUCAGGCUUCUCACCGAGCUCAGCAUCAUCACCUUGUACAAUAACUCCCUUGAGGGGUCGCUGCCCGAAGCACUGUUCGAGCUGAAGAACCUGACGGUGAUCAACAUCUCGCACAACAGGUUCAGCGGCAGCGUCGUGCCUCUCCUUGGCUCGAGCUCCCUCUCCGUGCUGGUGCUGACCGACAACAACUUCUCCGGUGUCAUUCCGACAGCAGUGACACGGUCGAGGAACAUGGUCAGGCUUCAGCUGGCCGGCAACCAUCUCACCGGUGCAAUCCCGGCCGAGUUGGGCGACCUGACGCAGCUCAAGAUGCUUGACCUCUCAUCCAACAACCUCUCCGGCGAUAUCCCAUCGCAGCUCUCCAACUGCUUGCAGCUCACCCAUCUGAACCUUGAGCGUAACAGUCUGACAGGCGCCGUGCCUUCCUGGCUCGGCGGCCUGCGGUUCCUUGGAGAGCUCGACCUCUCGUCGAAUGCAUUGACCGGCGUUAUACCGGUGGAGCUCGGCAACUGUUCGAGCCUUCUCAAGCUGUCUCUCAGCGGCAACCGUCUCUCCGGCAGCAUUCCGCAGGAGAUAGGAAGGCUCACGUCCCUGAACGUUCUAAACCUGCAGAAGAACAGUCUCACCGGCGUCAUACCGCCCACACUCCGGAGGUGCAACAAGCUCUAUGAGCUGCGCCUGUCGGAGAACUCGCUGGAGGGGCCGAUCCCCAUGGAGCUCGGGCAGCUGUCAGAGCUGCAGGUGUCGGUGUCGAGCUCGGACGGUGAGGAGCCGGAGGCGCAUGGCAAAGGGGGCAAGUGCUGCGCCGGGGACGGGAAGUACUGGAAGGUCGGUUCGGGCUUGGUCGUCGCGCCGUCGACGGAGGAGAAGUACAGCUCGGCGUCGGAGAGCAGCGUUCUCCAUGGGAAGCUCACGGAGGCGAGCGCCAUCAACUCCAAGGGCUAG